AUGGCCUCCCCGCCUCCCCUCCCCUUGGUACUCACAGACAGAGCCGCGGGGGAUCGGGAUAUUGGCUUUAAUGGGGAGGGCGUGACGCCCGCGGGCGACAGGCACGGGGCGGGACCCCCAGGCGCCCACCCACCAGGCGAGGUCUACACCCCAGCCCUGCCAGGGGCGUUCAGGCAGCAGGCAGACGUGGACCAGGUGGGUGCUCCGCGGCGCGGGGCGGGAAGGCGGCGAGCAGGGCUGCAGGGCGGGGCGGGCGGGGAGCCCGGAGCACAGCGGGGCCAGGCGCCUGCAGGGACAGCGGGGCAGGGCCUUCAGCGCCAGGCUGGGCCUCAGCUCUCACCCGGCCCGGAGCCCCUUCCACAGCCCCUGCCCCACGGGGUCCCCGCCCCGCCCGGGGUCUGGCAACUCAUCCCCAGCGCCGAGCUCGGCUGCACCGUCAGCCCCUGA